UUUGAAGAUUUUCAAAGUUUGACAUUAAAUGUGGAUUUAUAAGCACAUGAUAAUCCUUUGAAACCAACUUCUGCCACUACUCUGCACAUGAAGAUGGCAAAAUUCCACACCAACUUCCCUGGCGCUCAACUCCUUCUCCUCCUCCUAACUCACACCAUCCUAUUCGCAUCCUCUGCCACCGUCUGCCCCAACUGCGGGACCACCCCCGUCCCGUACCCGCUCAGCACCGGACCUGCCUGCGGUGACCCUGACUACAAGGUCCGGUGCCAAUCGGGUACAAGUACCCUCUUUCUCGACACCCUUAACAACACUUACCCCAUAAUCUCAACUCAGCCUCAAAACCAGCGUUUCAUUAUUAGACCUGCCAAUUUCCUCAACAACAACAAAAACAACAACACUUGUGUCACAAGUGACAUCACUUCCGAAGGCGUCCAGCUCAACGCUUCAUUACCUUUCAAUGUGACUAGCAGUAACACAAUACUUUACUUCAACUGCACGUCUCUGCUGCUGAGGUCACCUCUCAACUGCACGGCCACCAGCUUGUGUCAUUCCUACAUUAACGGAUCCAGCGACGGAUCCGUGUGCAGGAACUCCAACUUGUGCUGCACGUUUCGAGCAGGCGGAUCAACCAACUCCUACGCGAUUCGUGUCAGGGACUCGGGCUGUCGGGCUUACAGGAGCUUUGUCAACUUGGAUUACUCGUUGCCUGUCAGUAAGUGGCCUGCACCGGGGCUGGAGAUACAGUACGUGUCUCCGCCUGAGCCAAUUUGUGGAGACCAGAAUGAUUGUGACGCUGACUCUACUUGCGGUUUAGCUGAUAGAAAUGGUAGCAAUGGCUUGAGGAGGUGUUUUUGCAAUUCUGGAUUUCAUUGGGAUCCUGUUCUCGGCUCUUGUGCUGCGGAUGAAACUUGCGGGAAUGGCAAGGAUUGUUCAGCAGAUCAUACGGCACUUAUAGCUGGUUUGACAGCGGGCUUGGGAACAGCACUUGUUGCAGCAGUCAUUGGGUUUUUACUAUACAAACGCCAGCAACGCAUCAAAUUAGCACAGGAGCGUUUGAAGAAAGAGCGUGAAGAGAUCCUGAAUGCUAGUGGUGGAGGAAAAUAUGCAAAGUACUUUACCGGCAAAGAAAUUAAGAAAGCAACAAACAAUUUUGCUAUUGAUCGCUUACUUGGUUCUGGGGGAUUUGGGGAAGUUUAUAAGGGUAUUCUUGAUGAUGGGACUGUUGUUGCUGUUAAAUGCGCUAAACUUGGAAACGCUAAAGGCACUGAUCAGGUUCUAAAUGAGGUCCGGAUCUUGUGUCAGGUCAACCAUAAAAACCUUGUGCAUUUACUUGGCUGUUGCGUUGAACUUGAGCAGCCAAUGAUGGUUUAUGAGUACAUCUCGAAUGGGAAUCUCUCUGAGCAAUUGCAUGGUCCCCACCGGGGUGCUCUGUCAUGGAGACGCAGACUUAAUAUUGCUCAAGCAACUGCUGAGGGACUGGCUUAUUUGCAUUUCUCUGCAGUUCCUCCCAUCUACCAUCGAGAUGUGAAGUCCAGCAAUAUUUUACUAGAUGAAAAGAUGAACGCCAAGGUUGCAGAUUUCGGGUUGUCAAGAUUGGCUGAGACGGAUAUGAGUCACAUUUCAACUUGUGCUCAGGGCACCCUCGGUUAUCUUGAUCCAGAGUACUACAGGAACUACCAGUUGACAGAUAAAAGUGAUGUCUACAGCUUUGGAGUCGUACUACUAGAGCUCCUGACAUCUCAGAAAGCAAUCGACUUCAAUAGGCCUUCAGACGAUGUGAACUUGGCAGUUUAUGUGCAGAGAAUGGUGGAGGAGGAACGCUUAAUGGACGCGGCUGAUCCUAUGCUGAAAGAGGGUGCUAGUCAACUGGAGUUGGAGACGAUGAAAGCAUUAGGAUUUCUGGCAAUUGGUUGUCUGGAGGAACGAAGACAAAACAGGCCCUCCAUGGAAGAAGUGACUGAGGAAAUCGAGUAUAUAAUUAGUAUUGUAUCAGCUAAAGAGGAGUAGAAAAUGGGGGCAUCCACAACUUGUUUUCACAUAGUUAGUUCUGAUUUUGCGCAUUCCUUUUUCGAUUGUAAUCUUAUAAUUCUGUGAAGAGGAACAGUUGGUGUAAUACAUGAUGUUUUGCAGUGUAAA